AUGAACAGCCGCCAGUUCAACACGGGAGACGUGUCUUCCGUCUACGAGGAGAGCUGGAGGAGAACAUGGUGGGAGCUCUAUAUUUUUGACGGUUAUUUGGUUUCUCUCCGGCUUAGAGCUCAUUUCACUUUGCACUCGAUACCUUCAGACGUGUUGUUACCAUGUGAUGACCUGGAUUAUGUUACAGGAAAAAUCCCGCCGUCCCGUUCGCUUGAGGAAUAUCAAACGAAAAUAUGUCCCGCGUUUUAUGAUGAUAGAUUCUCAUCCUAUACUUGUCGCAUUGAUUCCGUGCGCAUAUUUGGUAAACUACAAAGGCCAGACCAGCUUUAUGGGCUGUCAUUGUCACCCUCACCCCAGUUGUCGCCUGUCUCUGCAUCCAAUAGCUCCAUUAAUCAGGCCAGCGUAAUAGUCACACAGUCCGAUACUACGACCCCCUCAAACGAAAGUAAAUGGGAGAAAAUCUCAGCUAAUCGACUAGCUCCCCUCCCGAAAUCCUGCUCCUCCUCGGUCCAAAGCCAUGAUGACUACCAUAGCCAGCAUUCAGGCACAGCCCAAAGAAGUACAAAUGCAACUGAGCGUAUCGCAUUUCAACAACCUGGGCCCGAUGAGUCGAGGUUUCCUCAGCAGGAUGUGCAUCAAUCCCCUACUGUAGGCGAACCCAGCAUCUCUCCCGAACCACAGCCAGCUCAGCCGUACUUACGGCGGCCCUUGAAAAGAGCAGGAAGUGAUUACUGGAGUUUCAUGCCGUCAAGGUUUGAUAAAUCAUGGGAUGACUUGUCCGAGACAGUAUAUGAUUUUGGAGGAUUCGCCGAUUCGCCAUACUCUUCAGCAACAACAAACUCCCUACAAUCAGAUAACUCGGAACUAAACAUUAGCUACGACACGUGGCUAAUAAAAUUACCCCUCGACAAGACUUUCGGCAUUGUGUCUUCCAACGCUCACUCAACACUAUAUCUCGGGGGCGAAAUCCAAAAACUCUUCGCAAUCCCAAAGGGAUGCGAAUUUUUCGGUUUAAACGGCGAACAGAUGUCUCCAUUUUUUUACCUCCCUUCACGCUCCAAUCCCAAACACCCACCUGCCCCAAAAUGGUGGAAUGCUGAUUUCUUCAUCCCUGGCACCAGAACUUUAUCUCCAGAAAUCCUUUCCCGGUUCGAAGGGCCUCUAGCUACCCUGCUUCCAACACCUGCGCAGUUGAAUUACCCACAUCCAUAUUGGAUCGACACGGUCCCCAUACCUCAACUUCGCGAAGCUAUCAUCAUCGCACUUUACCAUGCGCCUCACCUGCUCGAUGAGAUGGAGUUAAUCAUGGAUUUCUGUGACGCUGGUGGUAAGUUCCGGGGCGGGGGCCACUUUUGUGACCCAAAGAAUUGGGAGAUAGGUGAUAAUUUCUGGCUCAAGUGGGGCUUCCUGGUGAGUCCUGAUAUGAUGCUCCAGACGGAUCGAUGGAGGCGUAUGCGCGGGCUCCCAAGCAUCACCACGUCAGGGAGGCCGGGUGAUCUUGCGAUAACCGGUAUUCCAGGAAGACGUUCAAAGGUUUUUAAUUAUGUGCCGGAGGAUGUUUAA